AUGAUGUCUAAGAAGAUCCCACAGUGCUCUGCACUGGAUCAGUCGGAGCUUGAUCAGCCUCCUAGUCAUUGUCAGGUGGACCGAUCUGCAAAUGCAGCGCUGGGGGGUAGGAACAAGGCUGAAAGCAGUCAAAGAAAUGGAGAGACUGCAUCAUCGUCCCCAGAGAGCAGCAGCUUGAAUGGAGACGGAAAGCGCAGCGGGAAAAGCCGUCGCCGCAAGAAACGUUCAUCCAAUCCCGAGUCUCGCCCUGAGGGGAAGGUUGACACAAAGAUCAAGAGUGAAGAGAAGCGAGACAAAAGGACCAACCAGCCACCACCUGACCGCCCUGCUGGGCUGAUUGGCCUGCAGUCUGAGUGUGCCAAUGUUUGGUUUGAGCGCAGCGUCUACGAGCGAGCCGAGAGCCUCUACCAGUGCUGGUUGGCGAGCUCCUCCAAUGGGAACACCAAGUCAAACCGUUCACCCUCAGCCCCAGGUAAAAACUCUAAAUCUACUGUGGCUCCAUCAUCAGGAUUGGUGUGCCACCAUGGCGAUCAGGUGGCCUGCCACCAUGUUGUCCAGGCCGUGUGGGUGAACAAGACAACCUUUGACCAGGCGGAACAACAGUAUGUUAAAGAAUCCGUGCAGCCGCCAGUUCCAAUCUCUCUUGACCUCCCAUCCACGCCUAAUCGCUCCAUUGCAUCCAGAACACCUGAUGAGGGAUAUCAGUCUCAACCCCAGACACCUGCAACUCCUGUCAUCCAACAAGCAUCUGUUGCCCCAACCAAUCGUCAGUCCAUUAACGGACUUCCCCGCAUCCCUGUGGAACUGCUUAGAGACGUUUGGCUGGAGAAACCGCUGUAUGACCGCGCAGAAGCAGCCUUCUACCAGAACCUGUACGGUAACAAUUCCUCCAAACGAUCCAGCUGCACCUCCACUUCCAGAAGUAAUGACCACCCUCAAAGCCUUGUAGAAGAGGAGGAGGAGGAAGAAGAUGAGGAACUAGCGGUGGAGGAGAAAUGGGUGGUCCCACAGGGCAAAGCAGAAGUCUUCCAUGCUCUGCUCCCUAUUCAGGAGGAAGAGGAGCCAUCUGAGGUCUCAGAGAAGGCCGAAAUGUCGGGGGCCGGAAUCUGCUACUUCAUUCACCCAGACAGUGAGCGGGUGUGGCUGGACAAGUGGCGGUAUGACGCUGCAGAAAGCCGUUUCCAUGGUUGCAAUGAGAGUGAAGCUGUAGUGGGGAAGAAGGGUCGGAGGCCAGAAGCAGCAUCAGCUGCCUCCACCGCCCCACUGAGGGACAAGUAUGACCAAACCUGGAAAAUGGAGUCGCUCCAGAUGUUUCAUCUUUCAUUGUUUUUCUUUUAUGUAAUCAUGGAUUUCCCUUUUUGCUUUUCUUUUGUGAAUGAGUGAAAGUCUUUUUAUUUUAUUUUAUUUUUUUACUUCCUGUUAUAUCAUUCAUCUUGGUUCAUUCAUCCUUUAUUCCUUAUUGUCUGUUUUUAAAUGUUCUGUAUGACUGUUGUUUGUAUGAACCAUUGUUGCCUUUUGCCAACUUAACUUCAUCCAAACUUUCUUUUGUAUAGUUGUGUUGGGGUGGUUUGUUUGUGGGAAGUUCAGAUAAAAGAAUACAUAGAAUAAGCCAUUCAUUCAUUAAAUCAUUGUGAAUUUAGAGCAUGCGUCAGCUGAUUAUAAUAAUAAUUAUUAGUAAUAAUGCCGGUUUUCUUUUUCUUUUCGCCUGAACACCUCUGUCCUGUUCAUACAUACCUCUCUUGUCCCUCCUUGCUCUCUCCU